CUUUAAAAAAAUUCUUACUUGCAUGUUUAUGGAUUUCCGGAACUUCCGCGCAAAAUGUCAAUAGAUGUUUUGUUGGGAUUUGUGUGGUUUAUUUUGUAAUUUACCAAUUAAUUGGGAACAACUUACAUUAAGUUGUGUUUAAAUAUAGUUAUUUACAAAAAUAAACAAAUAUACAAAUACACGCAUGGAUAUAUUUUAGUUUAUUCGUGUGACAGCGUAAAUAACGAUGCAAAGAAAACCAGGAUUCCCCGUUGCUAACUGCAGCAUUAAAAUGCCGGACAGCUCAAUGAUGCCUGAGCAUCUGCUAGGUGAGAUGAGGUGCGACGAGGACAGUGAACAGCAACAGAAGCGCCAACAGUUGAUAAACUUUGGUCACUCACAGUGGGGCUUCAAUAACUGGAGUUGGUCAGUCAGCAAACAAGAGCUUGAUUUUGUGGAUUUCACAAAUGGAAGAUACUGUGCAGGAGUGGUAGCAUUUGUAUCUAUAACAGUGAAGACUUUUGACAUACACCGGGAAAAUAUUGGUUAUGCUACCUCAACUGCUAACACUAAAGGAUUUGCUAUUUAUAAAUCAAGAAAGUGUGCAGUGACAAAUGCCUUGCGCGAGACUUUGUUAAGCUUUGGUGGUAGCGUGGCUUCAGAACUGACAGAGUUACUAGAGUCAAAUAGAGCCGAUGCACCAGCAAAUGCACCAGAGCCUCUUAAUGAGAACAACCAAAAUGUAGCCAACAAACAAAUAGAGCCUAAGAACAUGACAAUGGAGCGAGCAGCACGCAAGGACUCGAGUGAUAGUGGCACGUCUCACCCCACACUGCGCUCUCCACACGCGGCGCCUAUACCGCCGCCCGUACAGAACGGGCCGCUCGUACCACCGCCCGCUGUGAAGAACGCACCCUCGAGUGCACGAGUGCUCCCAACCAGCAUGCCUCCUGCUAACCGCGUACCGCCAGUGGGACCAGGCCGGCCUGCGCCAGGCCCCGCAGUGCCUCCACCAGGACCAGCUCCACCGACAGCUCAUCCACGCCCCAAUUCUAACGAGCCACUAAAAACCGGCCUGGAGGGGCUUAGCGAGGAAGAGGCCAGGGCGGAGCGAAAGCGGCGCCAGAGACUCGCACAAGAGGAAUUUAGACAGAAACAGUUGAUGAAGCAACAAGGACUUGAUGAGAAAACAGAGCUGAGUAGAAACAGCAGCAGUUUCGAUCACCUGCUGAUGGAAAUACCGACGCAGGACAUAAUGAUUGAAGCUACAGGUGAGGAACCAGCCAAGAGAAAGUCCCCCGGCCCAGACACCAGCACGGCCAAGCGACGGAACAGCUUCAUGAACAAAUUGGAUAUUAUGAAAACUGAUUAA